GCCUUCCCGAAGUACAUGUAUUUACUUCCUCAAGAGUGGUUUAAGAAGUCAAAUAUAAACAAAGAAAUAAAUUAUCUGUUAAAUUUUGGCUAGAAAAGACACAGCUUCGAAAGAAACUAAGUAUCAACACACGUGUAUACAAAUGCACACGUGGGACUGUAAUGUACUCACCUAUGGAUUUUGUUAAUUCAUUUAAAAUUCGGUCCUUUUGAGUCAAAAGAGAGGUCAUAGUUCCUCUUUCUAAUGCUUGCAAAUAAUCAGGGUACACCAGAUUAGCAAUAUGGACUGUAGAAGGGCAUUUCAUUGGUGUAAAAUGUGACUUUGACUGAGAUUUUCAAAGUUCAGGGGAAGAUUUCUUUUAUAAUAACUCAGCAACAUUUCGUAUCGCAGCUCAAGCCUGUAGGCUGCUAGUUGCAAUGGCUUCAUUCAGCUUGUGAUAUAUGCCGUGCGUGCGCAGCAGCGCCAGCCGGCUAACUGCUGUACGCCACAGCGGUAUGUACAUGUAUUGUCAUGACAAUGCAAACUUUGGGUGUAUUUGUGUGUAGAUUGAAGAAAAAGUGGCAUGACGAUCUGGCUUGCAAUUUGAACUUUAGAAAGUUGAUAAAAACGUGUGCAAAAUCUGGAGAAAAAUUGCGCUACAAAUCUGCAAAAAUCAAAAACAAACAACAACAUGUGUUCAUGUGGUUGAUUUUUUGCUAUUGAACUUUGAAGUUCACCCCAUUGAAAGUUCUCAAGAAUUUAGCAUUUUUAGACCCUACGAGAUCACUACGUUGAGGUUAAACCUCCAUUGCUAAGGCAAAAUUUAUCCAAUUUUAAAGUAUAGUUCUGAAUUGUAUACUGAAGAUGGAAAAUUCAUUCAUAUUGCUAUUCGUUUUGCCCUUUUAGGCUAGCAGCACCUUCAUUUCUUUCAAAUGAUGUGAAAGAUAAAAACAAAAUUCCUACAUGUAUAACAAGUUUGAGAAGUGCAAUGCUGCACUUUAUUUAAAAUCUGUGUCAUUUUUCACCAAAAUGUGCAAGCUUGUAGAGGAAGGUGUCUUAAAGCGGUGUAAACAUUAAAAGAUAGGGGUUCAUAUAUGCUUGUUUUCAAACUAUCAGCACUUUUGUUGUAGCAAGUGUGCAAUCUACAGUAAAACACCAAAAUGCACCAAAGGCUUCGUUGCUAUGUGAAGAAAAAUUCCAAACCACUCUACCAUUUAUUCGAACUCAAGGUCAUAUUUGUCAUACAUGUACUUUGUAUCACUUCAGAAUAAAGUAUUCAGAACUUGUAGUGGUAUUUAACAUAACGGAUUCAUUGGUUAUUUUUAGCUAAAAAUAUUAGCUUCAUUGUAGUUACACAGAUCUUCCGUUAGAAUGAAUAUCAGGGGAAAACUCUGCUGAUACCGCAAGAAAGCUACAUCAUACAUGUACACAUGUACACCAAGGUUCAGUAACUUCAGUUUACUAUUACCGUUAUAAACUCUGGUCAUUUGUAGUACUUGAGAGAUCUAUGUAAAGGUGUGUCAAAUUGUGCCGUGUAAUGUCAGUUAUUGUGGAAAUGCCCAUAAACAAAAUACCAAACCUUUACUUGAUAACCUUAUAAUAAUCAAAUGCAUUAGUAUUCUGAGGCAUUUUUUUUUUAACAUGACCUACAUGUACCGGUAACCUUUUAUGUUAAUUUAGAAAUUAGUUGUUUUUUUAACCACUGCUUUGAAUAUUUUGUAUAUUGUAAAUAAUUAUCAGAAUGUGAUAAUGGAUUAUCUCAUUUGUUUUGCUCUUCAUUUUUCAGGACAAGACAGAUGGAGCAGUUGAGAUUGUUGAUACAAUCAGAUGGGUAUGUGAGGAUAUUCCACAGUUGAUGCUUGCUAUGGAGAAUAAUGUCCUCAACGAUUAUGACACAUCCAGUUACGAGAGUAUGGUAACGCUCUGUGAGAAAUACAAUAGGGCAAUUGAAGCAAUAAGGCAGUUGUGGAAAGGAUCGUCAUGUACCUCAACCAUAUCCAAGAGAGCAACACCUGGUCUUCUAAAACAUAUCAUGCAGCAGGUAUAUGCCCAUGCUAUAGAUGACCCUGAUAAACUCAACUGCUACGAACCAUUCUCACCAGAGGUGUAUGGAGAGACGUCCUAUGAUCUUGUGGCUCAGAUGUUGGAACACGUGAAGAUCAAUGAGGAUGAUGUAUUCGUAGAUCUUGGAAGUGGUGUUGGAAAUGUAGUACUACAAGUGGCUGCUGCAACCCCAUGUAAACUUGCCUAUGGAAUCGAGAAGGCAGAUGUUCCAGCUCAAUAUUCAGUGGAGAUGCAAUCGGAGUACAAGCGUUGGAUGAAAUGGUAUGGGAAAGAACACAGCAAGUUUCUAUUAGAGCAUGGUGAUUUCCUCUCGGAUAUCAUGAAGGAGAAGAUAGCCAGUUCAAAUGUCAUCUUUGUGAACAACUUUGCUUUUGGCCCUCGUGUUGAUCACCAGCUAAAAGAGAGGUUUGCCAAUAUGAAGGAAGGUGCUAAGAUCGUGUCCUCUAAAGCUUUCUGCCCUCUCAACUUUCGUAUAACGGACCGGAAUCUCAGUGAUAUCGGUAGUAUCAUGGAUGUUGUUGAACUAUCCCCCCUCCGUGGCUCUGUCUCUUGGACAGGGAAGCCAGUGUCUUACUUUCUACAUACAAUAGACAGAACUCUGCUGGAAAAAUACUUUCAGACUCUCAAGGAUCCAAAACUCAGGGAAGAAUACUACAAAAGCUGCGUUAGAGCAAAGCGCCCUAGGCGCAGUAACGUUGACUACCUCGCUUCGAGAUCCCUCGAUCUCGGUAAGACGUCGAGCGACAGCGACUCGGCGGUCUAUGGACCAACCACCCGUCGUCAGUGGUCAGAAUGGAUUGCUAAUCGAGAUGGAAUGAAGGAGAACUACGAUGACCUGAUGGAUGAUAGUGAGAAAAUGGAUAUGGAUUCAGACGUUUCAUCCCAAGCUUCGAGAAGAAAAAGACGUAGGAAUAAAGACAGCUCUGGAACGGAAACUCCAAAGCCCCCACCGCAUAAACCAGCUAAACAAAAGACUAUCAAAAUACCUAAGAAAGAAGAAAAGAAGGACUCUUCAUUAAGAGGAAGGGGCAGACCAAAGAAGUCAGAGAAUGUAAUGAGUCGUAGGGCUAGGGAUGAACUCAAGAAAUCGGCUCUAAUAGGAAUGGAUCUGCUGCAUCAACAUACAGUCUCACUCAGUCAGUCACCCCCUGAUAAGAGUAAUGGUAUGUUGAAUAACCUUGGCAUGUCCUUCAACCUAGCUAGUAUGGUGACGCCCGUCAAGGAGAAAUCCAGGCCUAAAUCAAGAGAAAGAAAACCCAGUCAUCGUCAGAAGAAAGACCUUGAAGCAUCCAUUCAGUGGCUUGUUGACGACUAUAAGAUGCAAUUGCUGCAAUUUCUAUCUUACAUGAAAACACCUCAAUACACCGACCUCGUGAGGAAACAGCUGGAAGAAGAAAGGUUAUACCAUGAAGAGCUGAACCUUAAGCGUGGCCUCCUGGAGGAUCAGAUAUCAGUGCUGUCCAAGGAAGGUGUAAGACUACUAAACCUACAGCUUGACAAGCUCGGCAUACAAGCCAAGUCACCGUCAGAGCUGGUAGCCAAGUCUAGGGAGAUCGUAGGCAAGCAUCGGGAGCUCCAGGAGAAGUACCAAUCCCUGACAGCCAACAUGCAGGUCCUUGAAGCAGAUAAUAGGAAACUGGUGGAGACUCGUAAUCAAGAGGUUGUUACCCAGCUUCUUGGUCAUAGUGGAAAGUGGGAUAACAGUGACAGUGCUAGUAAUGCCAAGGCUGCAUCCCUCAUCACAGAGCAGAUCAUUCAGGAGUUCAGUAAUCAACAAGAACUCAAAAGACAGGUUCAAAAGUUGGAAUUUGAAGUGACAGCACUGGAGAAGAUCAGUGAAACUACAAAGAAACCAGAAAAAGCAACCAAGAAAAAGCGUCGCAAUAAAGCCUCUGAGAAGAGUCGCAAGAUCAAGGACAUUGUCGGACCACCUGUUUCACCUCCAGCAAUAAAGGAGGAUGCUCUAAAACAUGAGAGACUAUCUGGGAGUUACUCAAGCAGUCUAGGAUUGUCAAAAUCCUGGCCCUGUGAGGGUACAACAGGAACUUACAAAUCACCUAGAGCUGUCCAAGGUGGGACAGUGGAAGGUGAACAUCCCCACAUGUCUCCUGGCAAAGUGGCAUUACAAAGGAAAUUAUCGAAUACCAUAGAAAGCAGUCCAAUGGCAAUGAAGGAAGACAGAGGGAAGGAGUUUGCAAGUGAUGUUGGACAAUUGAUGCUGACUGCCCACAAGCAGAUGCAGCAGACACAGAAGGGUUACCCUGGCAAAGUUGAACCGGUGCAUUCCUCUGCACUGCAUGUUGUGACAAGCACAGUAGCGGGUCUCCAGGAAGGUCAGAUGCUGCAGCACACAUCUAUGGCGUCUCUAGGAAACAGGGAUGGAGUUCCCACAGCUACAUCAAGUGCUGGAGUGCACCACCUGUUACAAUCUUGCAUGAUGAGUCCACUAGAUAUGAAGCAUUCAGGACUCUAUGGCUUCUUGCCUGCAGCCCAAGUCAGUAAGGUCAUCAACAGUUCCUUAGACACAGGUGAACCUCCCCUUAGUCCUCAGAAUGUGACACUAUAUCCUCCUGCAUCAGGACAUCCACCAGAUCCUAGACAGGAUCUGACGGCAAGUAGUAAGGUAGAUACCACUACCCUAUCAUCCCUUGCCAUGAGUCACGCUGCUCUUAACAGAAAUGCCGCUGAUGUUGACAGUGGAAGAAGUUCUGAUGCAUCCUCCUCUAAAGAAGAACUCACCAAGAUAUCCUCUGCCAUUGAGGCAGCAAGUACCCCCACCUCAACAUCCUCCAAGAAAACGGAUACUAGUAAGACUAAGAAGAAUCGAAAGCGCCCUGUCCCCACCUCUACCGCAGAGCAAACUAUCCCUUCAAAGGUGACAGCAGCAACGGACAAACCCAAUCAGGCAGGACAAGUGGGUGGAGCCCUUACUGAGACACAGGACAUUAUUACCAUGGUUACUAAUGUUAACCAACCUCUAAAGAUUAGUGCAAUCCCAUCCCCUGAAGGAGCCAUGGCUGGGCAGACGGGUAGAGAGAGUGUCCCUAUGACUCAAACAGAGAAUUCAGGUGAGAAGUCAAAUACAAAUUCUGAUCCUGAGACCUCCAAUGUCAGAGAGUCCCCCAACACCAAGAAACUACAGGCAAACAUUAGCAGCAAGAUAGAUGCCCUUGCAGCUUUCGCUUCAUGUCAGCUGGACCGCAGCAAGCAGAUCCGCCGUCAGAGUACGGGCAACAGUCCAGGAGAUAUCCACGGUUCUUGGGACAACCACAAUCCUAGUCAGGUUGCUGUUGGUGGCCGGUACAUGCCCACGCUGCACGAGUCACAGGCUGGCAUCAGACCAGCGGCUACGGGAGGGCCACAUGAUCUACUUUCUGCGCAACUGAGCAAUGCUGGACUGGCUUGUGCUACAGCUUUGCCCGCGGCACCAAACGCCUGGCAGAUGGCCUUUAUGAACAAGAUACAAAGCUCUGAGGAAGGAGGAGCUAAUGGUGGAAAAAGUGGCCCCAAGGAGAAGAAACCAGAAGUGAAGAGUGUUAAUGAGCCUAAAAUGUUCAUGAGUGGACAUUACACACCAAAAGGCAAAAAGCCUAUCCCUGUGAAACUAUCUCCCAAACCUCUGGAACCAGACCCCUCUGGCGAUGAUCUAGUUCCUCCAAAGACUCCUGGAAAGGAUUUUGAAGAGGAAAAUAUUUUUAGUUCGUCUAGUACCAAACAGAGUAGCACUGUCAGUAAUGCUAGUAGUAGUUCAUCAAUAAACACUAAGACAGAGGCAACAACAGUUGUAGCCAAGCGUAAUACAGUUCUGCCAGAGGAGGAUACCAGUUACUCGGACGUUCAGUUCCACAAGAAAUUCUCUCGCAAAGGCAACAGAUGGAACUGCAAACCCUCAUCUCACAAUGUCGCUGGACAAGAAGUGCAAAGUAAGAAACAUAGUGCAGUGGGAUUAUCAGCACAGAAGAAAGAGGGUGAAGGACAGAAGACUGAAGGUCCAAAGAGCAAGACACAGUCCUCGGUACCUACUGUUGUUCUGCAGAGACCUCCUACUCAUGAUCCUCCUAAAAUAGCCAUAAAGCAACAACAUUCCAGUCAUUACCAUUCUAAAGGCUCAUCAACGCCUGUCUCAUCUGCCAUGUCAAGUCAGCAAGGACCCAAGUACAGCAGCAGUAGCGGCCAUAGCAAGCAUGACCCUAACCUUGGACCAUUUAUCGAGCUGAGGUCCGCAGGCCUGAAGCAGGUUCCCAACCCGCCACCCAGUGGUGCACCCAUCACGACCCAACAGACCCUACUGACGACGUCCACUGGCACUCAGCGCUUCACCGGGGGCACGUACUACACGAGCGCUUUGGCAUCUUCUGGCAUCCAUCCAGGAGCAGAUCACCUGGACCGUUCCCAGAAUCGAGGUAGUGGUAGCCAGUCCCACUCCAGCCUGCAAUCAUCCACUGAAAGCUACCGGUCUCCCUUCUCCACACCUCCUCCUCCCCCUAGCUCAAGAGGGACCCCAUCAUCGAGUGACUCCACCCACUCCGAAAGUCAUGGAUCAAUGCGCGCCACGCCCCCAUCGCAUGGGGGAAGAUCCCUCCCCCCUACCAUGUCACCCCUACCCAGCUCAGUACCCAUCCAAGGAGGAUAUGCCAUGAAUGGUGUGAUGCCACCGUAUGGAGUGAACCAGCAGCCCGGUGAUCUAGGCAUGCCCACUUAUAUCCCAAACACUGGGAGUUACAUGCCAGCGACCCACUCAAGUCAUGGAUCAAGCUACCUCAUGCAGUAUGGAACACCAAGAUAGAUUUAUGGACCCCUCAAAUUGAAAUGGAAUCAUCAGUACUAUUACAGCAAUUCUCAACCUUGCCACUUGUGUGACAUAAAAGCACUUCAUGAGUGAUGGACUCUACCACUGCAUUGGUAGGGGAGACAAAGUGCAAAUAGCUGAGGGUAAUAGGCUAAAUCAAAAGAGACUUGCAUGAAGUGCUCUGAGUAAUGUAGAUUGAUCAAGAAAACAGAUACUUUUCUGUUUUUAAGCAGUUCUUGUUAUUUUACUUUACCGCCGUUAUACUGGAUCUCAAGCAGUAAUGGAUUUAUCUAAAUAUAAGAUACUGAGAACUGAUGUACAUGUAUGUAAGCCUUUUCUAUGCCCCUUCCAGGUUGGCCCAUUUUUUUUUUUUCAUUAAAACACAAACCUUGAGUAAAUUGCUCAUGUACAUGUAUAGGGAAGUGACUAUUUGGUGAAUAUUUCUAUAUUAUCUGUGAUUUUGAAUUAUCUCAGUUAACAAACUGCAUUGACAGGCUAACUAAAGAUUAACAAUUUUUUUGUAUUUUAAAGCUUUGUCAAUGUUCAUACUUAGAUAGUGAAAAGAUGAAAUAUAAGUGUACCAUCGGAAAGUGGUGCAAAAUGGCAAAAAAUCUGAAUACACGUAGCCAAGCAGGGAGAACAUGAAUGUGCAUAUAUUAUCUUUGAAGUUUGCCAUAGUUUGUCAUAUCCACUGUCCUUGAUAGCAAUACGUUGUGAAGGAAACAGAAGAUUUGCCUUUUUUUCCCCCUGUAAAUCCAGAGCAGGUCACAUGAUUUGAGUUAUAAAAAAAAAGUUGAGAAUAGAUUUUUGUACCCCCCCCCCCCCCGAAUAUGAGAAAAUAUUUGUGUCUGACCAAUCCCCAUAUAUUCGUAAAAUAGAUAUACAUGUACUACAAGCUUUCAUCCCAUAUCUUUUAAGGAGAGAGAGAGAAGAAAAAAAGAAAAACUGACCCUCAUUUUCCACUCUGUUACAGCAAACCAUUAUAUCUUUUUGGACUCAGUUGCUUAGAUGUCAAUUCAUACAAUUUUAUGAUAAAGGAUGUGGCCCAUUUAUAUCAUCAUUCAUCGUUUCAAUUUCCAAUAUAUCGCAAGCAGGCCCUCGUUUCAAAAUGACUCUUGUACAAUUUUGUUUCAAUAUUCUUUUGAUUAUAGUUUUGUUUCCUCUCUAUUGUUAUCUCUUUGCGUCUUUGUGGCUGCAGGUACAUGUAAUUCAUUUCCAGCUGCUUGAGAGAUAUUUUUUAGUCUUCCAUUAUGCAUUAUUAUAUGUUCUGAGAAUUAUUUCUGAUGUAUUUUGUAGCUGCUUUGGUUUGGUGUGCAUUGAUGAUUUGCAGGUGUGUAUGGGCUCAGUUUUGAAAGGACUGGUAGGGUUUACUUUGGAUUGAUAAUACAUGUAGGUUAUGAGUUGAGAAUGCAGAAGAUAAUACAUGUAGGCUAUGAGUUGAGAAUGCAGAAUUGUCAUACAUUACUCCAAUGUUUCGAGUUCUCUGAGUCCUGUCUCUCACCAGAAACAUGAUAUAUAUCACCAUGACAACCUCCAUAAAUAAACAAAUAAAUGUAAGUACAUUGUCAGGGUUCUUGAUGCAGAAUGUGUUUAAGUUUUUGUAUUUUUGGAUAACCUUGAUAUUGCUUCCCAUAAAUGUUACUUUUUGCCGUAUAUCUUUUCAUUUAUGUGUUGAAAUUGCAGACAACCAUUAAAAUUGCUCUCAUUAUACAAUUUCAGGAAUGAUAAAUUGAACCACACUCUGGCCUACUGUACAUUUAUUGUUGAUACAUGACCAGUAGACAUUUUGAAAGCGAGGUUGAAUAUUUCGAUUCUGUCAACACUGUUGUCAUAUUUUGUAAAGUCCUUGACAAUUUGUCAAAUUUUUGCAGAUCAACUAUGCCAGAAUAUCAUGGGAUUAAAAAAAAACACAACUAUUUUCUGAACAUUCUGUAGAAUAUAAGUGUCGAUGAAGGGAAUUUCUCUCAGGUACCUGUUCACAUCAAUAUGCUGCAGAUUAGCUCAUUGCAAUGAUUGGUAAAUUAAUUGAGGAUUACCGUAGUAAAUGGAAUGAUCAUUAAUUAAUUUGAAUACUUACAUGUAAAAGCCCACCGCACACUGUACCGUUUGGCCAUGCACUGCUUGCGACAAACUUGAUCGUUUAACUAGUUGUCGGUGACUUGACAUAAGAUAUUAUGCUCUUUGCUGUUUUCAGUACAUUUAUAUGUGUACGACUGAAACAUGCAUUUUGAAAAUACCUUGGCAUGGCCAGCUGAUACUCGUGGUCAAUGUCUGUGAACAUUGUUACGUGUAUAUUUGACAUGUCAAAGUCCUCGCAAAUUGCAGUGAGACAAGUGUCUUGUAACAUAAGAGAAUCAAAUCAACUAUUCUAUCAAGCGCAUCUGUAAGUCUAUGGCAGAUACAAUUACUUGUAAAUAUUGAGAAUAUCUCUUAAUGUUAUACACCCCUGGGUCCUGUCUUACACAGAGUUACAAUUGAUCCAAUCAACCACAACUAUGAAAAGCCAGCAAUAUCAACAUCUAAAACACAUGCUUGUUCACAAUAUUUUCUAGAUAUCAUACAUUGAUAGUUUUCUUGAAAAUUCAGUGUGCUUCUCUUUGUUCACAAAGGACAUUGUGCAAAUUUCCUGUAGGAAACAUGACGGUGGUGGAUUUCCAUAGAGUUAAGGUUGAUCGAAUCAAUCGUAUCUCUUUGUUAGAUGGGGCCCUGGUCUUAAACAUGAACUUGUAUAUCUGAUGAUAUACAUGUAUGACUGCUGAAUAUUUGCUAGUUGUAUUAGGUGGUCUGUUGAUAAUAUUAUACAGAUGUUGCCUACCUAGAGUUUGAAUAUAACAUUUCCUCUCCCCGACGGAGUUAUAUUUUUCCCAAGGGAUUAUAUUUUGCCCGAAGCGCGCAGCGCUGAGGGAAAAUAUUAUCCCGAGGGAAAAAUAUAGCUUUGGAGGGGAGUUGAAAUGUUAUUUAUUUAAAAGAUAGACCAGGCAAUAUCUGUUAUAUUGAAUAGUCUUAGUGGAUUCGCCAUCAGAGAUUGCCUUCAUCAUCUGGCUCCAACCCGAAAUUCUUGCUACAGCUCUGAUCCGUCUACGUCAUAAUAAAAAAAAAAGGAAAAUACAUCAAGCGCGUUCUUCAUGCAAUCGACGCGUUAACACUAGCGCGUACAUCAAAUAAAGUACCUGAUUACGCAACUUGUAAGCAGCGAGUGACGUCACCUUAGUGGAUAUAACGCCGCAAUUGACAAUAUAACGCAGUUAUAUUCACUGAGGUGACGUCAAAACCUAGAAUAUAACAAAUGCGAUCCUCGCAGCUUUGAUCACGUGAUUGCGUAUUGACCUAUUACUGAUUCGAAUCUACAUAAGCUAUGUAAUAUACUAGAAUGCCUCUCUGUUUAGUAUAAUUGCUGUUCACUGCCAAUUUGCCAGCAAUAUAAAAGAAAUAUAUAUUUUUUUUCAAAACCUUUGUGAAUUCGGGCCUAUUUGGUUGCUACCAUUGUUAUAAUUUUGAAGUACAACCUUCUCUAGCUAUCCUCAUUCUUAAAAACUUUAAAGGUACAGCGUUUUCACAGCCCUCUGACCUUUCCUAUUUUUGUCAUAUCAGGGUCCUAUUUCCUCAAACCUAGUCUAAAUCGAGUUGAAUGGAAUAUAGUAGAACAUCACUGUGGAGCGUUGUGGCCCAGUGGAUUAGUCUUCUGACUUUGAAACAGAGGGUCGUGGGUUUGAAUCCCAGCCAUGGCGUAAAUUCAUCCACGUUGUGCUGCACUCGACCCAGGUGAGAUGACUGGGUACCUGGCAGGAAUUUAUUCCUUGAAAUGCCACCGCGCUGUAUAAGGCUGCGGGUCUAAAUCCAGGGUAAUAAUAUCCAAGGCCUUUGGAAGCGCAUAGGGACGUUAUGACGUAAUGUGAUAUGCACUAUACAAGAACUGCGUUAUUAUUAUUAUCACUGGCAUCUGCCAAUAUUUUGUUUG